AUGGCAUUCCAGCCAUUAAGUCUAAUUGCCGAGGCAAUCCAGACGAGUCCUGUGGGUUACCAGAAAGCCGAUGAUAUUUGGCUUUCAAAUAACGGUAGUCUCACUGCUUGCAGUCCGGCAUAUACCCACGAACUAUCCUUCAGGGUCUGCCGGCAACCUGCCGUCCUUCGGGACCGUGUCACGGAACACGGCUAUGAGAAAGGGGAGGCUGAGUUCCUUGGUUUUUGGGACCAGCUCGGGGCCCAGGUACAAACCAGGAACAACCUCUUUAUCGACCAGGUGCUUCCCCUCAAGGCGGACAAUACACAGGCCCUCAGCCGCCGCAAGCAUGGCUACGAGCCCAGCGGAUACUCUCUAGGCCCAAGCAGUAUUCUUCCAGCGGCUCUCUUACAGAAGCUUGAUUCGAUGUCUUCAAUGCAGUCCGCCAAUCUGACGGUUAGCCUGAUGGUGGCGAGACUGUGUACCGAUUUGAGACACGCGGGCAUGCUAGAUACUAGGGUUCGAUUGAGUACCGAAGGUCGGCCACGUCUUUCUGAUAUUUCGGAAGUGACGGAGCCAUCGAGCCCGGAGCCUAUCUCAACCCCUACCACAUUGAGGCGUCUGUCGACGUGGUCGCCGGUCAAGCUAAUAAGCGACUCGAUCAAGUGGGGUUUGCUGGAGGGUUUGCCGUAUGUGGAGGGACAAGACAGCGCACCUCUGUCGUCGAAUGCGGGCGAGACGGGCUCUAAGAUGUCGGCGGUAUUCACGAGCUCAACCGUUCAGCAACUGAGGAACAGCAAUCUGAGAAGCUUUAGAGUGGACUUCUCUGCAGAGGCUUUCCAGAUCAGUGGCUCGGGUGUCCCACAGCAGGUUUCACCCAACGAGUACUCGGUUGAUACCAAGCAAAACCUCGACAUCUUUAGCCAACGCUCCCUUUCCGUUGUCCAGACGCUCGCCGACGUGUCGGCGGAAGUCUCCACAGGGUCGGUUGACGCUAACGUUGUGGUGGAAAAGAAGGAUGGUCGCCUUUUCGUGAGGUUCAAGAUGCCCGCGGAAUUCGCCUCCUACUUCGCCCAAGCUAGUGUCUCGGCCGUUUCCAUGGACGCCGCUGAGGAUGUCCCAGCUGAAGAAGACGUUCAGCACAGCCCUCCCUCUCCGUCUCCGGUCCCGAAGACGCAAAAGCAAUCCGUGGCUCGGCCACUUGCAAACGUCUCCGAAGGUGAAAGCAACGCGGUGGGUUGGGCAGCGGCACCGAGUGAACCUUGCACACCCUUCGCCACGCCUCACAUCCCGAUGGGCUCAGAAGAACGCGAUAUCGAUACCCCCGGAUCGGAUGCAUCAUUUGUGUCGACCAAUACUGAUGUAUUGGUCGCGGGUCUACCGGAUACCCCGACUGCCAUCGUCCUCGGAGGCCAUGAGCCGCUGGGCACCUUUGGCAGCAUGUUGGCCGAUGAUGAUGAGCCUACGGGCGUUAUUCAAGACUGCGGAAGCCCAGUUCCAUCAAGCCCUGCAAGUGUUGUUCAUAAGACCCCUCAGACUCCACGGAUCUUGCGCCCUCGGCCCGAGUUCACCCCAAGACUCAACCGGACCGUGCCGCCUUCGCCUAGUCCUCUCCGACAAGUCCAGAAUGCCGACGAGCUCGAUUGGAAUGAGGUAUCGUUCAUGUCGACAAACACAGAUUAUCUUGUGCAUGGUCUGCCAGACACACCCACAGGCAUUGUGCUUAACUCGGAGGCGAACACGCCCCGUUACAGCAACCGACUAGCCUCCAUUGCCUCCACUGUGCUGUCAACGCCUCCCGCCCAGUACACCCUUUUCUCAACGGGCACAGCUCCGCCAACCGGGGUCGAAACCCCGCAACGCCUGCAGACCCCGGUCGCCACGAGCCCCAAUGGCGAAGAGGCGACUAUGAAUAUCCACAUCCCCGCUAUUGAAGAUGGCACACUCAAUAUCCAUUCGUAUGCCGAUGGAUCGUCUCAAACGGAUCAGUCUUUCGGGGACUUGUCGUUGCUUUCUACCAACACGGAGCGCCUUGUGGGUGAUCUUCCCGACACUCCAACUGCUCUCGUCCUCGAUCCCAACGAGUUCAAUACUCCUCGUUACAACAUGAUCUUGCAAGCCCGCCCCUCUUCUCUGUCUUUCUCGCCUCCCCUCGAUCUUGAAACCUCUCCAAUCCUGCAGAGCAACUCGGAUACUCCCAGUAUGCCGCAGCAAAGCCCUGUGCGCGCAGAGUUCGUUGCCAAUGACGACGCGGCCACUCCUCAUCAGAGGGUUACCUGUGACGAAUCCGAAGGUCAGCAGACAUCCCCAACGCCUUCGAAGCCGGCAAGGAGCGCGCCUACUCUGGCAACUGCCCCAACGUCGGUGGUUGAUUCCCCUGGGGAGGUCGCUGCAGUCACGGAAACAGCCCGGCCAUCUACGCCUAGCCCCACCACGCCCCAGAAGAUGACUCCUCACCCACCGCCGGCGAGUGCUUCUGGUUCAAUUGUGCGAGACCUUGAGACAAGCGCCACUCCUACUGUUAGGCAAUUUACUCCAGUUCCACGCACGCCGGCUAAGCAGUGCGAGAACAUGCCUGUGAACCUCAUGUCGAGCUCCAAGGCAACGACAACCCCGCACAAGUCUCCAAAGGUGUCGGGUUUGGUUGGCACUCCUGUCACUAAAGGAAGUCCUUUGAAGCAAAGCACUCUUUCGGAGCCCCGGGCCCGUACUCCGCAGUCUGCUCGACCCGCUCGGCCGGAUCAUCUGGCAGAGGCUCAGGAGGCAGAGGAUCGAGCCUACCUUGACAAGUUUUUGAACCAGCACAAGGCCAGUAAGGCUGCCCGAACCGCUGAGAUUCAGAGUCGCCCCAGUACCAUGAGCACAGGCUCGCCCGCACCUCGGUUACCAUUGGGUCAGGUCGAUGUUAACAUCUCGAGCCCCAAGAAGACGAGCCGGAAGCGGAAGACAGAAGACGGUGAAGUCAAGGUGGUGGACCCCUCUGAGCCUCCAUCGAAGAAGACCCGGAGUAGCGACAACGCCAAGGCCUCUGACCUCAGACGAUCUACUAGAGUCAGAGCCAAGAAGGCCGAGGAUGUCGCUGACCAGGCCGACCAAGGAUCGAAGAUCCCGGUGAGGGUAGGAUCGGGUGUUAUUGGAGGGCAGGCGACGGGAGGCAGGGAUGCCGACCUGGCUGCUGUGACGCGCACUAACACGCGACGGAACAAAGGUCAGGCGGAUAUGCCCGAGGAGGUGCUCGCACGCCAAAGGGCCGAUCCUCAAGGCCAUCGCAUGCAAGAACUAAAGGAAAUUCAUGACGCGCGAGUGGCAAGACAAGGACGGCCCGCUAAGAAGAAGGCGGUUGCUUGGGGCGAAAACCAAAUCGUUUACCACGAAGUUGAAGACGAGGAGGAGGAGAUGACGACCACGGCACCCGAGCCUGUGUCCAUGCCUGCGCCUCUCCAGCACCAGCUCCACUUCCAAAUCGACGAGCAGGUCUACCACCAAGACGUCCACCAAGGCGAGCACAACCAGUGCUGUCUCGAAACGCUCUGCACCCACCUUGACGCAAGCGGCUGGCGUAAGGAAGGCAACGCCCAAGAAGACGACGACGAGGAGUACCGUGACGAGCUCGGCCUUGACCUCCACACCCAGUCGGAGACAGACACGGUCAUCCACCAGGUCGAGCAAGUAAAAGACUUGCGGCGUUUCAACUGGCAAGGGCCACGAUUCAAGGAGCAUCUCAUCCUCAGUGACCAUCUUUAA